AUGCUGCAUGGGCAUUCGCACAACAGCCCUCGCCUCCGCCUCAAGUGCGAUCGCGAGCUCCCCUGCGGCAACUGCCGGUCGAGAAACAAGGAAGCCCACUGCGCCUACGAGGCCGGCGCGCCCACCGCCCGCGAGCACAACGAGACGCACGCCGGCCUCUACAACUCCUCCUCCUCCUCCUCCUCCGCCGCCGCCCGCAAUGACCGCCACGGCUACGGCAGCAACAGCGGCAGCGGCACCCCGACGUCCAGGGCCGAGCCGCUCUCGUCCAUGGCGCCGUCGUGGGGGUACGCCCAGACAGGCGCCGCCUCGACGCUGAGCUUCCUGCAGAAGAUUGAGCGGGCGAGCACCUCGGACGGCGACGACGGGCUAGGCGCAGGACACGAAGGGGACGAAGCGGCCGCGGGGGCGGCGUCGUCGUCGCACUACCAGGACAGCUUCGCCCUGAAAGAAAAGUACAAGGGCCUGAUCCGGCUGCUGCCGGCGCGCAUGUACAUUGACCAGCUGGCCGACAUCUUCUUCAAGGAGUUCAACUGGCAGUACUACCUCGUCGAGCCGCAGGCCUUCCGCGAGCUGCUGGACCAGUGGACCGGCCUGCCGUACAAGGUGCUCUCGGCGCGGGGGCCCGAGGCGCUGUCGCCCGACCUGCGCGUCUUCCCCGCGCUGCUGUUCGAGGUGGUGGCCACGGCGCUGCUGGUGCUGCCCAAGGCGCUGCACGAAUCGUUUGCGUCGCUCAAGUACGCCGGCAACAUGACCUUUGAGGACCUGGCGGGCGAUUACAGCGAGUCGGGCGUUGCCAUUAUCAAUCUCUUUGGACCAAAGGCGUUGAGCGUGACGUCGAUCCAGGUCGGCUUCUUGAGGGCCUCGUUUCUCAAGUAUACUGCCAAUGUGACUGAAUCGGUUGGCAAGACGAUACGGGAUGCGCAGGAGCUGGGCAUGCAUCGGGAUGCGCUCGAUCCGAAGCCGGCGUCGGAUGAUGUUGAGAGCGUCCUGUUGAACCAGUGGCAGGUGGAGAAGAGGAGGCAUCUGUACAUGAUGCUGGCUUCCUGGGACAUUCACAUGUGUCUCAUCCUUGGCCGCCCAGGCGCUCUCGACUGGAGGCACGGCAUGCCAACGCUUCCCAUUGACGCUCGAUUCACAAGAGACACGGACCGGUCCAAGACACCCGUAAUCCCGAGAGAAGAAGGCCGCGAUCCCCCAACGCCACUGACGAGAAACUUGUUCCUCUACAAGACCCUGAUUCCGCUGCGGGACAUUCAGGACCUCGAGGCGGAGGGUCCAUGCCCCAGAGACUUUUCCAAGGUUCACAAGAUACAGGAGAGAAUCAUGGAGAUCCACGACAGCACGCCGGCCGUCUUCCGGAUAGAGAACCCGGACAGGCAGUGGGACAAUGAGCCUGACUUGCAUUGGCUUCCGCAGGCGAGGUGUUUGACUAAACAGAUGUUCUACUUCACGCUGGUGGCGCUUCAUCGGCCGUACAUUUUCCACCGUGAGGAAAGUCGGGUGGAGGUGAUCAAGGGCUGUCUCGGGAUGCUGGAGAUGCAGAGGCAGCUGUUUGUAGGGCUGCCACCCAAGUCGUGGAAAAAUUGGCAUUUAUUCUACGGAAGCUUUGAUGCCGUCACGCUGCUUGCUACCAUCUACAUCUUGUUCCCAUACGAAAACGCCGAGUAUCGAGAACUGGCAUUGCAGCACUGCCACUGGACCGUCGAGCGGUUCGCCACGAUGAAGGACAUGAAUCUCUUGGCCAAGUCGGCCAUAGGAGUCCUUCGAGCCGUUGUCUCCAGGCUCGUCAAAGCCAUCGGGAAGUGCGCACCGCCGUCUUCUACGAGCACUUCUGUUGACUUGUUGCGCAACUCGUCCAACACACCAUUGUCGACCGGGAGGACGCUGGGAUCGACCCCGACAAGCUCCAUCGGCAGAGGCUCGGCGGAAGGCAGCCACAAGGUUUCGCCCGAGUCCUUCAUGUCAGCACCAGCAACGGCGCCUGCUCAAGACGAAUCGUCGUCCUUCCCGGCCAUGAUGCCCGGCGGCUGGGAGAUGCCGCAAGACGGGAGCGGCUUCCCCGGGCUGGCGCCCUUCUUUGCGAUGGGAGACUUGAUAUACAAGGAUCUGACGGUGGACCAGGCCGACGACGUUUUGGUGCCGCCCACGGAUUUGGACCUGCUGGGCGGAGAUUCGUUCAUGUGGCAGUUUGAAGGGGGCUUUGGACAGGAUACGGUGUGGCAGUUUCUUAACCAGCAUCAGCCAAGCGGUGACGGAACCGGUUGA